AGGAAUCCCAAUCUAAUAAGUGAUGAAGUCUUCUUCCUCGUCUUCCUUCUCUCUUCUCUCUUCAAUCAAUCUUCCAGUUCCGGUGAGCGGCCUAGCUGAGGCUCUGAAAUGUAUGUGAUAUUUUGGAAUCUGCUUAUCGACGGCGAGAAAGUGACGGUGCGCGAGUGGGAGAAGGAGAGAUAAAAAUAAACCCAAAAUAAAAAAUCUGAUUAUUCACUUUUGAAUUAUCAAAAAAAUCUGUUCGUAUCUUUAUCAAAAUCGCCGUUUCCGGGCCUUCCAAUUCCAUAUCUUCAGUAAUUACGGGGGAUAGAUUCAAGGAUUCUAAUCCAAGCAUCCAAAGAGAUACCAGAGCUUGUUGGAGCGGCGAAAAUGGCGGCGAGAGUGACGAAGGCGAUCUCCGGGAUCGAGCCGCCGGCUCGGGCGACGCAGCACGGCGCUCAAGUCRUCGACGUGGAGUCCGUGAAAUGCGAGUGCUGUGGAUUGACGGAGGAGUGCACUCCGGCGUACAUCGGUCGUGUUCGGGAAAGGUACGACGGCCGUUGGAUUUGCGGGCUGUGUUCGGAGGCGGUGAAGGACGAGUCUCUCAGAUCUCAGGGGAACAUCACCACCGGCGAAGCCAUGAAGAGGCACAUGAAGUUCCACAAACAGUUCAAAUCUUCGAAUCCGCCGGUGAAUCCUACUGAGGAUUUGAUUUCGGCUAUGAAACAGCUUCUCCGGCGGUCGCUCGAUUCUCCGAAGAACGACGCCUCGCGAUCGCUAAGCCGUUCGAGUAGCUGUUUCUCCGCCAUGCCAGGGCGGCGGAGCCAUUACGAUGAUUAGAUUAGAACGCCGUUCGUCACCGGCGGUUGAAAUUCGUCGGUGAAACUGAAGAAACAAUAAAACUCACCGCCUUCCUUCUCAAGCUCGUGGAUUAAAUUUGGGUCCUUAGUUUAGAGUUCGAAUCUGUGAAAAGUUCUUGCUUAGGUUUUUUCUUUUGGAUUUCUGUUGCUUAUUUUUGAGAAAAUUUACAUAUUGAUUGAUUCAGAGAUCUCGAGCGAGAUUUGAAUUUUGCA